GCACCGCUUCCGCAAUUAACAUCUGCCGGAGGUGUUUUGCGAAGUUAAAGCUUCGUUCCUCCCCCUGCAUUUAUUAGUAGUAAUAAGAGAAUUUUAAAAAGCGUCAUUUUUGUUAUCAUGGUAACUUUGUAAAAGCGUAGGUUUAUUUUUUUGCGGGCUGAAUUAUGGUGUAACACGGACACUUUCCCCUCUCUGUUUCCGACACUAGCAGUAGGUAGCUAAGGUGUGUGUGUGUGAGAGAGUCAGCGAUGCUGACGCUGGCGAGUAAGCUGAAGAAGGAGGAGGGCGUGCGAGCGAGCGGAAUGGCGUCCGGCCCCAGCGACGCCCCACACAGAGUGUCCAUACGAGACCGACUUCUUAUUAAAGAAGUUGCAGACCUUGAGGCAAAUCUUCCUAAUAGCUGUAAGGUCCUGUUUCCUGAUGUGAACAAGCUCCAUCACUUUCAGCUCACCAUUUCUCCAGAUGAAGGAUAUUAUCUUGGAGGAAAGUUUCAAUUUGAAAUAGAUGUUCCUGAAGCCUAUAACAUGGUGCCUCCUAAAGUUAAGUGCUUGACGAGAAUAUGGCACCCAAACAUUGCCGAGACGGGGGAGAUCUGUCUGAGCUUACUGCGCGAACAUUCGAUCGACGGCACGGGGUGGGCUCCGACGCGCACGUUAAAGGAUGUGGUAUGGGGAUUGAAUUCACUAUUUACUGAUCUUCUGAACUUUGACGAUCCACUGAACAUAGAUGCUGCGGAGCACCAUUUACGGGAUAAGGACGACUUCAGGUGCAAAGUGCAGGACUUCAUCAAAAGCUAUGCAAGAUGAUGCACUGUACGCCGUACAUGCCGCCGCUCACGGUUACGCCCCUAGACCCGCCGAGCUGAAAAAUCCCGCAGCAUUUACACAACGGGAAGAUGAGAGAAGGAUUCUGUGGAUCUCGAAUCUUCAGCAUGAACUGAGGGGUGGGGGUGGGGGUGGUUGAUGUGGGAGGGUAUUUGGGAUUCCUUUUUUUCCUUUUUAAAUUAUCGCUCAGGGCUGAUUUGCGGAAGCCCACAAUCGCUGCCACUGCUGGUUCUGCGUCAUCCACAGCUCACGAAAAGAGAAGAAAAAAUAUGAUGGUGGUGGUGAUAACGAUGAUAAUAAUAAAAUGAUUCAAGCUGAUUGUAAAAAGAUAAGCGCUCUGUGUUCCCUCACGUGAUCUUGCCCUACUAAUAACAGCCCGCACGCGCCGAUUUCUUUCUUCCUUGUUAUUUUAUGUCAUUACUGACGUCCAGCAGUAAUUUCCACGACUGAUGCUAAUUUUUACAAGGAAACAUACAGUAUGCUACACCAAGUCUGGAGUCUACACUUUGCUUGAUCUGUGCAUGAUAAAUAAAGCCACAAUCCCCAGUUCCCA